GUCAAAUGCAAUUUAGGCAAAUGAAUUUACUCGAAAAUUUCACGAAAAACGUUUAACUGAAAUUGUUUGCGUGUCACUGUCACUUAGUGUGAAUAAUAUGUUGUCAAAUAUUUAAAUGCUUAUGCAGGUGAAUAACUAAAAUGUUUCUAUUAACAAAAGUAUAAAUAGACAUCCGAGAAAGAAUAUCAACGAGACAGUAUAACAAUUAUCUCACUGGGUCGAGCGGUGAAGCUGCAACGGUUAAUUGUUGAUGAUUGGGUUAUUACUAACGACCAAUGAGACUCUUUAGUUUGUGCUUUUGAAGGCGGGACUACGAAAAGGUCCGCAUCGAAACUUUAGUCGUGAUCUGCACAUGUCAGUGUUACAGACGCAGAUGCUGCUUGAUGUUCGUCAGUUGACUUGCACGUCUAUUCGAAUAAAAAUUAUCUAUUUCCAAGUGUGUUUUUUAAAUUAAGUAUAUUUACUAAAAAAUUUAAAUAGAAUGUCCCGAAAUUUCGCAUCGCGUAAAUUAAGUUCGAUAUUCAUGUAUUUUUCUUCAAAAUGCUAUUAAUCAUCGGCUUUUUUGUUUUGAAAUUGUAAUAAAAUGGUGUAUUUAAAAAUGAUCGAACUAUUAAGUUAGUGAGUGUGAGUAUACGAGCAUAAUUAAUAGUUUGUACCAAUAAUUAAAACCGAAUAGAAUUCAGUGAACAUUUUUUCAUAAUUGAAGGAAAACCAAUAAACUAUAAACAAAUAUAAAAAUUUAAUUGUUUAGUUCAUGUUUACAGAUUUCUCUCGUAUUUUUCCAAUAAAUUUUAUGUUCUUAAACUUAAUAUUAAUAUGGAAAAAUCGCAAUCGAUCACCGAUAAUUAUAAUGACAACUACAGUUCAUCACGAAUCGCUCAAAAGUUUCAUAAAACUUUCAGACCGUUCUCCAUAGAUUCAUUAAUCGGCGAAUGUACAGAAACUACAAAGCCACCAACAAGUCCUGCACCAAAAAUCUUAGCCACUCGUUCGGUAGCAAACAUAUCAUCAGUAGAAAACCACUUACUUCAUGACAUACUACAACAGUGGACCGAUUGUGAAAACAACAAAACUAAUCAAACCGCGGAAAUAGAUAAACGGUAUAGAUUAUCCGAAUUGUUUUUCCGUAGUGGAUUACUUCAUAAAUCCGAUCAAUCUCUGUCGUCAAAAUUGGAUUAUGUUCUUAAAGCGCACAGUCAACACCGAUCGACAACGUGGCCAUACUUCACAGGAGUGUUUCCAUCAGGUGUUGACACUCGCAGCGUUCAACAAUCCGCAAUAGGUCCAUCUUCAUCUCCUUUACCGCUUACAUUAAACGAAAGCGACCGAAGCUCAACUCCCAAGUCGACUCAAAAUGACUUGCUUGCCGAAAAUCAGUCGACAGAAAACCAUUUUUCCGAAAACGAAGUGUCCCAAGUAAAACCAACCGAUUCUAAUCGAUCUUCGGAUAGCAAAAGUCGUAGAAGAAGAACUGCAUUCACUAGCGGACAAUUGUUGGAACUAGAACGAGAAUUUCAAUCUAAAAAAUAUCUUAGUCUUACAGAACGGUCGGAAAUAGCAAAUUCGUUGAAACUCAGUGAAGUUCAGGUGAAAAUCUGGUUUCAAAAUCGUCGGGCUAAGUGGAAACGAGUGAAGGCGAGUCUCUUGACUUCUGCAUCUUCCUUAUCUUGUGGAGACAACCGCGGACACAAGAAUGACCACAUUACGGGUAACGGCCCAAAAAGAGCCAAAUGCAAUGGCGGGGUCGGUGGUGGAAAUGCCACUAAAAUAGUAGUUCCUAUCCCGGUGCACGUCAGCAGAUUUGUUGUAAGGAGCAGACACCAGCAAUUGGAAAAAUGCGCUUCUGGUUUUGCGCACCUUCGCCAUGCUACCUGCAGUUCAGUAGCUCCAAUCGAAUCGUCUAAACCACAAUUGCUCACCGGAACCCAACUACAUCAUAGUACCUUAAUGGACUGAACUUGAAUUAUUAUUAUUUUUUUUUUUAUGUAUUAUGUUCAGUACAUAUUUUUUUUGAUAUCGUUUGUUUAUAAUAUUAUUUAAUAAAAAUAUCAUCCAAUAGCACAUGUAAAAAUUUGAAAGAAAUAUAUAUUUUGUAGAUUUUACUCAGAAAAAGAACUUGACAUAAUUUUGUAGGAAAAAAAUACAAUUUUUCGAUCAAGUAUUAAACUCAGUGAGUA